AUGAGAGAAGUUAUUAGUAUACACGUUGGACAAGCUGGUAUUCAAGUCGGUAACGCUUGCUGGGAAUUAUUCUGCUUGGAACAUGGCAUCCAGCCGGAUGGGCAUAUGCCAGUGGACAAGCAAAUCCAUGGUGAUGAUGCCUUUUCCACAUUCUUCAGUGAAACUGGAGCUGGAAAACAUGUACCAAGGUGCUUGUUUGUAGACUUGGAACCUACCGUGGUAGAUGAGGUACGCACAGGAACCUACCGACACCUAUUCCACCCGGAACAACUCAUCACCGGGAAGGAAGAUGCCGCUAACAACUUUGCUAGAGGACACUACACUGUGGGAAAGGAUAUAGUUGACUCAUGCCUUGACCGUAUUAGGAAAUUGGCAGAUAACUGUACUGGACUACAAGGGUUCCUUAUGUUCAAUGCCGUAGGAGGUGGUACAGGAUCUGGUCUAGGAUGUCUAAUGCUUGAGAGACUCUCGGUGGAUUAUGGAAAAAAGAGCAAACUCAACUUCUGCUGCUGGCCAUCACCACGCGUAUCCACAGCUGUUGUAGAACCAUACAACUCAGUCUUGUCGACACACUCACUCCUAGAACACACGGAUGUUGCCGUUAUGCUGGAUAAUGAGGCUAUAUAUGAUAUUUGCAAACGGAACCUUGACAUCGGAAGACCAACAUACACAAACCUCAACAGGCUUAUUGCACAAGUUAUAUCGUCACUGACAGCAUCACUACGUUUUGAUGGUGCACUUAAUGUCGAUGUGACCGAAUUUCAAACAAACCUUGUGCCAUACCCUCGUAUACACUUUAUGCUCUCAUCUUACGCACCAGUUAUCAGCGCGGAAAAAGCAUACCACGAACAACUAUCGGUAGCGGAAAUUACAAACUCGGCAUUUGAACCCGCUAACAUGAUGGCCAAGUGCGACCCUAGACAUGGAAAGUACAUGGCAUCCUGUAUCCUGUACCGUGGUGAUGUAGUUCCGAAAGAUGUCAAUGCAGCCGUCGCUGCCAUCAAAACUAAAAGAACUAUACAAUUCGUAGAUUGGUGUCCAACCGGAUUCAAGGUUGGAAUCAACUACCAGCCUCCCACCGUGGUCCCAGGAGGUGAUCUCGCAAAGGUUAUGCGUGCUGUUUGCAUGAUAUCAAACUCUACCGCUAUCGCCGAAGUAUUCAGCCGUAUGGACCAUAAAUUCGAUCUCAUGUACGCCAAACGUGCAUUCGUACAUUGGUAUGUUGGAGAAGGUAUGGAGGAGGGUGAGUUCAGCGAAGCCAGAGAGGACCUUGCUGCACUCGAGAAGGAUUACGAAGAGGUAGGACUAGACACUACCUACAACGAGGACGCCGAAAAUUAUUGA